AUGUCCAAAAGGCUCCGCUCCCAGUUAGAGCAAGAAAUCCCAGAAGAUGCCUGCUGUGAGAUACAUCUGGAGCCACCACAGCUGUUCUGCCAUGAUGACCAAAUCACGCUCUGUGACAAGUACUUCAAGUCCCAGGAGCACAAGAAUCAGGUGGUGUAUGGAGUACAAGAGGCUGCUGAGAAUUAUAGGAAGUUAUUCCAGGAGAUAUUGAACACACCGAAGGAGAAACUUGAAGUAGCUAAAAGCAUAUUGGCUGAUGAGCAAGAAAGAAUGGUGAUGAUGCAGGAAGAAGAGCAGAAUUUUAAAGUGAUGAUUGAGUCUGAAUAUAGGAUAAGGUUCCGGUUGAUGAUUGAAGAAAACAAAGUGAACUUCCAGAGCCUGCAAGGUUGCGGAUUCAACCUGAACUUGAGAGAAGCCAGUCAGAACAAACUGAUGGAGUUUGCCACAAAGCUAAAGGAGAAGUUCCAGGAAAUACUACAGAGACUGAACUGUUUGUGGAGAGAGAACAUGAAUAAACUGAGGGAGAGUGAAGUCAGGCUCUCUGAACAGAUCUGCAGCCCAAAAAUCACUGCAGAGCUAGAGAAGAAAUGUGGGCAAUCUGCCUCAGCGUUGCUCCAGAAUGCAAGAAAUUCUUUGGAAAGGAGUGAGUCACUACUGCUUCAGUGUCUAGAGCCCCCCUGAAUCACAGAUCUGAGUUUAUGCCAAAUAACAGGAAUGAGCAAAGUGCUAAAAGUGCUGCAAAGACCUAUAACUUUGGACCCUAAAACAGCUUAUCCUUGUCUGGUCUUAUCUGAGGAUCUGAGAAGUGUGAGACUCGGAAAUGUGCAGCAGGAUGUCCCCGGUCACCCAGAGAGAUUUGACUUCAGUGCCACCAUGUUGGGCGUGGAGAGCUUCUUCACCUCAGGGUGGCAGAACUGGGAGGUGGAUGUGGAAAAGGCAGCACAGUGGCAGCUGGGCGUACACAGAAGCUCUGCCAGCAGAAGUGCUUCCGGAGAUAAGGUCUUAUUCACAGGAUCCAUGAUGGGAACUGAUUAUCCUUUCUGGGCCUUUCCCCCUUUAAAAAGGGUUUCCUUGAGAGAGCAAAUGCACAAAGUUGGAGUUUUCCCAGACUAUGAUUAUGGGCAGAUAUCCUUCUAUGAUGUGACAGAGAGAUCCCUCAUCUAUAAUUUCUCUUAUCUCGCCUUCCAAGGAGCUCUCAGGCCUAUAUUUUCUCUUUGUGUCUCAAAUGGAGGCAUGAAUUCAGACUCUCUGAGCAUCUACCUCCCUCAUGCUUCUUCUUGUAAUGGUACUCUUAGCCCUCAAUCUUCUUUGGUGUGA